AUGUGGCCCAGCGCCGAGAAACAGAGUUUGUCUCAUCACGACGAGUUCAAGAUCGAGAAGCUUCCUUCGAAGCCACGGUACCAGUUUGUGGAGGAGACCGUGGAGAGUUCUCCUGAAAACGUCUCUUUUCAGCCUCCGGUGGCUGCUGGUUCCAUAGCAGACUCGCCAUUCGAGGAGCUGCCUAAUCAGCUUUUUCCACUAAGUCCAUCUAACGGGCUUCUGGGCUGGGAGGCUCGUUUGGACCCUUGGAGAGCCCGUUUCUUUUCCAGGCUUUCGUCGACGGUUUCCUCAAAUCCGCUUCUGCCUCUGGCCAAUUUUGUUCCUUAUGCCCUGCAGAGCCCUAUCAUGAUGGACGUCUUCAACGCAUGUGGAGCGUCGUUUUUGAGCAGCAGGGACCCGUCCAUGAAGCUCGAGGCGAAAAAACGGUACUCGCUUUGCCUCACCAACUUUGCCAAUUCCUUGAGCAGGCCUCGGGACGGCGUUGAGGAAUGGAUGGUUGCUGCGGUGAUCCUUCUUUGUCUCAGGGACAAGUUCAGCGGCACCCUGGCGAUAGUGCCUGCUUCACAUUUGGCGAAAGCUCUCGAAAUGAUUCGUCAGCUCCGGCAAAGCGGCAAACUGAGUGUCGUUUCGCUAAAGUUCUUGAUCGAGACCUUCUUGUUCAACUACACCGUGAUGCUUUUGACCGGAACCCAGGAGGUGGUUCUGCGGCUACCGUCGCCUUUUGAGGUCUACGACGAAUGGCGCCCGAUCCUUGAUUACUCGCCAUUUCGGACCGCUCUUCCAUUCAUGAAGUACCCCAUUUUUGGUGCUGCGAGGCACUUUUACGAAAUCGCAGCCAAAGUGUCCUGGUACUUCUCACAUCUUCCUCUUUCGCCAGAGGACAAAGGGGUCGUCUGUGGGCUUCUAAGCCAGACUUAUACCACACCGCUUCCCACUAUUCCCCAAGAAGCAGAACAGGAGCUUCUUCCCCACGAGUUGAUUCAUGUUCGGGAGAGCAUAUACCUAGCAGACAUGCUACAGAACUGCUGCCUCCUUCUUUUGCAUAAGCUUUUGUUCCCGAUGCUUGAACGGGACGACCCGCUGGUCCAGGAAAUCGUCACCAAGAUCAUCCACAAACUAUGCGCUUUGUCUGGUGACUCGCCCAUCUGGAUUAUUUGUACUUGGCCAUUGUUGGUCUGUGGAAUAGCCACGUCGUCUGCCUCCCAGCAGCAUUACAUCUAUUCCCAGUGCCAACGUUGUGCUUCCAGGUUCCAAAUGGAGUUUUUGGACCAGAUUUGCCGGUUUUUGGUGUCUGUGUGGGGAACAGAUACCGAGGCUGGUUUGGGCUGGAACUGUCUUCUCGAUCGGGACAUCAUUCUGAGAGUGUAUCUUUGA